AUGGAGAGCAAACAGGAUAACUUCAAUCUUUGUAAAGAUGAGAAGUCGAUGUUAUAUGAUAAUGCAACCGGAAUCAUAGGUAUCGCUAUAGCUGUUGGAGGAAUCGUAGGUCUAGCAUCGUGGCUUGGUUCGAGCUCGAAAGAGAAAGGUCCGGAAGAGAAGAUGAUGAAGGCUCCUGGAAAAGAUGGUUACAUUCCCAGGAAUGCUUUCAAAAAUAACCCAAAAGACUACUUCAAGGAUUUAGGUAAGAAUUGA